AUGCCUAAGUGCAAGCUCUUCACCCCCAAACCUGGUCUUCACAAGAAGAUUGUGGGGGCACUCGUCACUCGGUUUGAUAUUCCUGGGAAGAGGGGAUCUCAGCUUGUUCAGAAGCACCUGCCCAAGGAUCUCCUCUCCUGGGCCAAGCUUCGUAUCCUUAACGGUGGGGACGUCAUCCAGGCAGCCAGCAUCAAGGGAAUUGCAAGCGACACUCGAGAUAGGACAUUUGUUCGUUACCAGACCUUUAUCGAUAAGAACUCUCGAAAAAAGAAAAAAGCGCCAGAAUUCCAGCUUGAAACCUUUUAUGGUCGCCUCAUUCACAUAUUUUCCAUCUCCUUCGACACCCCUUCCUCUAUCGCCGACUUGCGAUUAGACAGUCCCACCAAGGUCAUCCUCGCCGUCAUCAAGCCCUGCAUCAUCUCCUCCACCAACAACAGGCUCGACAUCCACUACUAUUCAGAGCAAGGCUCCGAAAUCGUCCUCGACCUCAAGUGCAUUCAGUGUGUGGUCGGACGAGUGCCUAUCCCCCCUGGUGGUUUCAAGGCAGACUGGGCAAUUGUUGAUCGUAGUGGCUCUCUUGCUCGGGCUCUAGAAGUGGAUGAUUAG